ACAUACCAUCUGCCAAAGAGUGGAACAAAGUUAGGGGUGUUUGUAAACUUGUAGGGAGUGUAUAUAAUGCAGCAGAAGUGUUAUUUGAACAAAAUAUCCAACUGCCAGCAUCAAUCUUCAGAAUAUUUGGGAGCUUCGGGCCAGUCUGACAGAAGAUUCUGCUAGUUCUGGUAGUUUUUUGAAAGCUAUGGCUCAAAAAAUGUUGAAGAAACUUGAUAAGUACUGGAAAGACAUGUUUUUGGUACUGGCUGUCACUACGGUGAUGGACCCUCGAUGCAAGAUGAAAUAUAUAGAAUUUGCUUCCAUGAAAUAUGAAGGUAGCGCAAGCAAUUCACAAGCCGCUACUGUCUUGGAGGCAAUUCAGAGCCUUUUUGAUGAUUAUGCAGCCCACAAUCUAGAAGCAGAGAAUGCUGCUACAAAUGAUUCAACUUCUUCUAAUUCAAGUUAUUCUGACUUAGAAGAUGAUCUUGCUAGUGACAUCAAGGAAUGACACCAAAACCCUAAUUUUGGGUUUAAAUGUCUGGAUGAAUAUAACCAAUACAUUGAGUCUAAUAGUCAGCCCCUAAAAUUAGAAUUGGAGUGGUAUUUGGAGGAACCUGUCAUGCCCUGGAGCCAGAAUUUCAAAUUGCUGAGUUGGUGGAAAGCAGCAAGUCCCAAGUAUCCUAUUCUGUCCAAGAUGGCUCGUGAUUUUUUGGCAAUACCAUUGACCCUGGCUACUUCCGAUGAAGCAUUUUACUCUGAACUACGGAAGCCUGAUAGAGAUUUAAUUUGCUUGGGUCCAGAACUAAUGAACGCCUUGAUGUGUACUCGAAGUUGGUUUGAGAAACACAAAAGAUUAUUUGGGUACGUUUUUUGGUUGGCUGCUCAUGUUAUGGAGCCUGUGAUCCAAUCUGAAAAAAGCAAUCAAUUUGGUGGAGCAAAGGGAAUAUGCAGCGGUUAUGUAUGGUUACUGGUAUCAAACAUCAUGAGUUCUUCAAAUAAUGCUUUAUAUAUGGAUAAUUUGUGGAACACCCUUUUUUUUUUUUUUUUUCCUGAUUUUGUUGGAGCAUCUUGUAUUAUGGCUGAUUUAUGCGUUUUCGAUCUGUUUCUCUCUCCGUGUCUUUCAUGUUUGAUUUCCAAAGUAUGAUUUUUACAGGAUAUGAAAAUAAGGAACAGUUAAAAAUUAUAGUCAGAAUUAAUAAUAUUAGAUGGGAAGAUAUAUGAUUAGAAUAUGUAAAAGGAAAUUUAUUGAAUAUAUUGAGAUACUUCCAUGAAUUGAUUUUAUACUUGAAUUAACAAAAAUAACCUUGUAUGAUUAUAUAUAUAUAUAUAUAUAUGUAAAAUCAUAUUACAGAGCAAUUUUAUCAGUUCAUACAAAUUGACCUGACAAUAGGGGUUAACCCCAAUGAGCAUGUUUGUUUUAGACUUGAGGAUAGAAUAAGCAAGAGCGGAUAAGUAAUAUUUUGUGUUUCACAUAAUUUUUUAGUAUCACAAAAUUAUUGAAUAUGAUUAUACAUAUUAUGAAAUUAUUUAGUUAGAAUGAAACAAAUAAUAAGAUAAAUUUAGGGGUUGUUUGGGGUGUGUACUUUUUGUCUUUUUAGACUAAAAAGUUGAUGUUGAAAAUAUGAAUGUUUGGGUUAACUUUUUGAAUUUUUA